AUGCUCGAGGGUGAGGUAGCUGAGGAUACAAUGCUCGAGGGUGAGGUAGCUGAGGACACAAUGCUCGAGGGUGAGGUGGCUGAAGAUACAAUGCUCGAGGGUGAGGUAGCUGAGGAUACAAUGCUUAAGGGUGAGGUAGCUGAGGACACAAUGCUCGAGGGUGAGGUAACUGAGGACACAGUCUCGAGGGAACAACAGCUGUAUAAGGAACAGGAACAACAGCUGUAUAAGGAACAGGAACAACAGGUGUAUAAGGAACAGGAACAACAGCUGUGUAAGGAACAGGAACAACAGCUGUAUAAGGAACAGGAACAACAGCUGUAUAAGGAACAGGAACAACAGCUGUAUAAGGAACAGAAACAACAGCUGUAUAAGGAACAGGAACAACAGCUGUAUAAGGAACAGGAACAACAGCUGUAUAAGGAACAGGAACAACAGCUGCAUAAGGAACAAGAACAACAGCUGUAUAAGGAACAGGAACAACAGCUGUAUAAAGAACAGAGUACAAUAACAGCAGAUAUUGACCCAUCAGAGUACAAUGCAGAUAUUGACCCAUCAGAGUACAACAACAUGAGAUAUUGA